AGGACGGGUGUUGACCCCCGAAGAGACGACUGUUACAGAGCGUCACGGAGACUCAUCUUGACGGUUGUGCAUAGUCUUCGGCGCGGACUCGUCACCCGCCUGCCGACGUGGCGGAGCGGAAGAGGAGACGCCGGCUGGUACCGAAGUGAUCAGCAUGUCCGAGUCUGCCCCUUCUGACAUGGCACCUGAACACCCCACACACUGCGACCCCGCCUCUAGCCAGGAUGUUCCAGAAGACGUCGCAGCCCCGUCCGAACCGACGCAGACUCCUCAGACCCUGCCGCAGACUCCUCAGACCCUGCCGCAGACUCCUCAGACCCUGCCGCAGACUCCUCAGACCCUGCCGCAGACCUCAGAGGAUGCCAAAGAGGACGGAGAGUCUUCCGAGAGUCCACCGAUUGAGGCUGAGGGUCAGCUGACUGAAUGUGACCAAUCGGUGAGCCUGGAGGCAGAUGCGCCGGAGGAGGACGUUGAGAAGGAGCAGAAGGUCUGGGGAGGUUGGGGCUCUUGGGGCAAGUCUCUCCUGAGCAGCGCUACUUCUACAGUCGGCCACAGUCUGUCCUCCGUCAAGGUGAAGGCAGGAGAGGCUCUGCGUCUUCACAAAACCUCAGUGGGAGAGGAGGCCCGGGAGGAGGAGGAAGAGGAGAAGGAGAAGGGGGUUGUAUUGGAGGAUAAGCCGGCGGUUGAAAGCGUCGAGCCGGGCGGCACUGACGAGGCCGCCAACAGAGGCGUCUUCUCCGCCAUCUCCAACGUUGUGCAGAACACGGGUAAGUCUGUGAUCAGCGGUGGUCUGGAUGCUUUAGAGUUCAUCGGAAAGAAGACCAUGACCGUGCUGGCUGAGAGUGAUCCGGGUUUCAAGAAGACCAAGACCCUGAUGCAGAAAACCGCAUCUCUGAGUCAGAUGCUGAAAGAAGCCAAGGAGAAGGAGCGAGCACGCCUCAGCACGCAGCCCGUCAGCGCACCUACCGCUCAUUACGGCAUUCUCUUCGACGACUACCAGGGCUUGUCCCACCUGGAGGCCCUGGAGAUCCUGUCCAACGAGAGCGAGGCCAAGGUGCAAGCGUUCCUCUCCUCCCUUGAGGACGAAGCGCAGGAGGAUGUGAAGACGGAGCUGAUUUUCAUCAAGGAUGUCUUCAUCCGGGGGGGAGAAGGCGAGGAAGAGGAGGAUGAGGAAGGAGAGCAGGCAAAGGAAGUGGAUGCAGAGUUCUUGAGUGUUCUCACUGAGUUGCUGUUUGAGCUUCAUGUCGCCGCCACGCCUGACAAGCUCAACAAGGCUCUGAUGAGUGCCCACGAUUGGGUGAGCAAGGUGGAGCAGCCCGUCACUACGGAGACAGUUGGCAAGGAAACGCCGGACCAACCAGGAGGAGAGGCCUCGCCAAGAGAGGAGGAUGGAGAGGGCGAGGAGAAAGAGGAAGAUGGCGGGCUGAAAUCUGUGGAGUCAGUCUACUUGUCGUCGGUGGGCAGCCUGGCCGAAGUGACGGCCCGCAGUAUCGAGCAGCUCCACAAGGUGGCGGAGCUCAUCUUGCAUGGGCAAGAAGAGCAGGAGAAAGCAGCCAGGGAUCAAGCAGGCGUCCUCACCAGGUUGACACGUGCCAUGUGCAAGGAGGUGCAGAGCUUGGCCAAAAAUUUCUCCCACACGCUACUGGUUGUCGGAGGUCAGAGGAAAGCGGAGGAGCUCAAUCCAAUGGUGGACGCUGUGCUGCUGGAGGGCUCCAACAGUACCAACUACAUCCACGACGCAUUUCAGCUCCUGCUGCCCAUCCUGCAGGUCGCACACAUCGAGAGCCAACGCUGCAACACCUGCACACACUCGGCGGCGGCAAAAGAACAGCACUAACACACACACACAUACUCUCUUGUAUUUCUUACCAUUUUGAGACCUCCAAAAAAUGCCUCCCUCUUGAGUACCACCCUUUCUAGAUAUAUAAAGAUUUGUAUUGACGAAAUUAAUAAUAUAUACAUACUAUGCACAUAUGAAAUAGGUAACAUUUAGUUUUGAUUGCAAUUGGUUUUUAAUCUUUAUUAUUUAGUUAAUUAUUACAGUAUGUUCCAAUAUACAUAUUUAUUUGUUUUGUUCAUUUUUCCCAAAGAGGGCGCAUUUCAAUUUCUUACACACACUUACUACAUAUGUGGCCCAAAGGGGGAGCACUUAAUUUUUUUUUUACACACACUUGUUAUUUCAUAUGUUGACCAGAGGGGGAGCACUUUUAAAAGUGACACACAGUCAAUUUGAAAAAUCCCUCCUUUUUGGAACCACCCUCAUUUUGACAGGUUUCACCACCAGGGGUGCAGAUGACUUCUCUAUUUUUUUGUUUUUGUAAUGUGCUUAAGGCCGAUGACAAAGGAGUCAUGGACCGCAGAUGGCCCCUGUGCUGCACUUUGGGCAACCUAGCUGUAGAACCUAACUCCUAAUUACCUCUAUAGUCUUAGUAGCGUAGUGUAUUUGUUCAUCCUAUGGUCACAUAUGGGACAGGGGUUGUCUUACGUCAGUACCGGAAGUCGUAAUAUCAGCUGUUCACUUGGCGGAUUUUUUGGGGGGGAUGAAUAGGGAAGUCCUUCUUUAGCUGCGGUCUUGUUUUAUCAAAUAUUGCUGCUUUUGCACUUCAAUGUUCACUUCUGUAUGCACAUGAAAUCAACAAAAGAAUCCAGACUUUGGAGCAAUGUUCACGAACUCUAGAAUUUGUCUCUCUAUUAAAUGCAAUGGUUUUCCGUAUUGGGACCAUGAUAAAUGUCCUAACUUGUUCACACCUCCUCAUAUGGAAGGUAAUUUUCCUUUUUGGUGUCUCAAGAAGGGCAGAAAUACAAUAGAACGCACACAUGCGCGAGCUGCGUUGUACAGAAAAGAUUUGACGCAACACUAAGUGCUUCUAUCUACAUCGACAUUAUUUAUGUGUAUAAUAUAAAGCCAACAGUUCCAUUUUUCACUUUUGCUUCCUUGUUUGUAUAUUUCUACUUGUCCGCUGACCUACUAAGUAUAUUUUCAUCUCCAAAAAAAUCGUUGCUGUUUACAUUUACAUUUUAUGUGAAUAUAUUAGGCUGUCUUUGCACUCUUACCCUAACAUUACGCCUUACUUUAUUACGAACCCUAACUGAGAUAUUGUUUGACUGACACAAGAGAAGUAUUAUUGAUAUAAUGCCAGUACAUCCAUGGCCAUGUAUGUUCAUGUUCAAUGACAACACAGUUCAUAUUACAGUAUAUCUAACUUGAAGAAAUUGUAGGUUUCAUUCCUGUUCUCAUUUCACUUUAUUCUAAUACCAACAAAAAAGACUGACCUGCCCUCUACAUAUUGUAACGACAUACAGUCGAGAUCAAAAUUUUACAUACACUUGUAAAGAACAUAAUGUCAUGGCUGUCUUGAGUUUCCAAUUUUUUGUCGGGUGCUAAUUUUUUAAUUACAGAAGGUCUUAUCUUUGCCCAUGUGAUGAACAAAUAAUUGGCUUUUUGGCCACAAUACCCAGGAAUUUGAAGGAGAAAAAGUGAGGCCUUUUAAUCCCAGGAACACCAAACCUACCGUCAAGCACGGUGGUGGUAGUAUUAUGCUCCGGGGCUUGUUUUGCUGCCAAUGGAACUGGUAUGGGGUAUCGGACUGUCUUAUUGUGGCGGUCCACUCCCUGUACGAUCAGUGCCAGAGCUUGGUCCGCAUUGCCGGCAGUAAGUCGAACACAUUUCCAGUGAGGGUUGGACUCCGCCAAGGCUGUCCUUUGUCACCGAUUCUGUUCAUAACUUUUAUGGACAGAAUUUCUAGGCGCAGUCAAGGCGUUGAGGGGUUCUGGUUUGGUGACCGCAGGAUUAUGUCUCUACUUUUUGGAAAUGAUGUGGUCCUGAUGGCUUCAUCUGACCGGGAUCUUCAGCUCUCACUGGAUCGGUUCGCAGCCGAGUGUGAAGCGACCGGAAUGAGAAUCAGCACCUCCAAGUCUGAGUCCAUGGUUCUCGCCCGGAAAAGGGUGGAAUGCCAUCUCCGGGUUGGGGAGGAGACCCUGCCCCAAGUGGAGGAGUUCUAGUACCUAGGAGUCUUGUUCACGAGUGAGGGAAGAGUGGAUCGUGAGAUCGACAGGCGGAUCGGUGCGGCGUCUUCAGUAAUGCGGACGUUGUACCGAUCCGUUGUGGUGAAGAAGGAGCUGAGCUGGAAGACAAAGCUCUCAAUUUACCGGUCGAUCUACGUUCCCAUCCUCACUUAUGGUCAUGAGCUUUGGGUUAUGACCGAAAGGAUAAGAUCACGGGUACAAGCGGCCGAAAUGAGUUUCCUCCGCCGUGUGGCGGUGCUCUCCCUCAGAGAUAGGGUGAGAAGCUCUGCCAUCCGGGAGGAACUCAAAGUAAAGCCGCUGCUCCUCCACAUCGAGAGGAGCCAGAUGAGGUGGUUCGGGCAUCUGGUCAGGAUGCCACCCGACGCCUCCCUAGGGAGGUGUUUAGGGCACGUCCAACCGCUAGGAGGCCAUGGGGAAGACCCAGGACACGUUGGGAAGACUGUCUGCCGGCUGGCCUGGGAACGCCUCGGGAUCCCCCGGGAAGAGCUGGACGAAGUGGCUGGAGAAAGGGAAGUCUGGGUUUCCCUGCUUAGGCUGUUGCCCACGUGACCCGACCUCGGACAAGCGGAAGAAGAUGGAUGGAUGGAUGGAUGGAUGGAUACUGUAUUUUUCGGAGUAUAAGUCGCACCUGCCGAAAAUGCAUAAUAAAGAAGGAAAAAAACAUGUGGUAGUCGCACUGGAGUAUAAGUCGCAUUUUUGGGGUAAAUUUAUUUGAUAAAACCCAACACCAAGAAUAGACCUUUGAAAGGCAAUUUAAAAUAAAUAAAGAACAGUGAACAACAGGCUGAAUAAGUGUACGUUAUAUGACACAUAUAUAACCAACUGAGAAGGUGCCUGGUAUGUUAACGUAAUAUAUUAUGGUAAGAGUCAUUCAAAUAACUAUGCUAUACGUUUACCAAACAAUCCGUCACUCCUAAUCGCUAAAUCCCAUGAAAUGUUAUAUGUCUAGUCUCUUACGUGAAUGAGCUAAAUAAUAUUGAUAUUUCACGGUAAUGUGUUAAUAAUUUCACACAUAAGUCGCUCCCGAGUAUAAGUCGCACCCCCAGCCAAACUGAAAAAAAAUGCGACUUAUAGUCCAAAAAAUACGGUACUUCCUAAUUAUUAGGACAAGCUAAAAUCAUCAGCCCGGAGGUUGGGUCUUGGGCGCAGUUGGGUGUUCCAACAGGACAAUGACCCCAAACACACAUCAAAAGUGGUAAAGGAAUGCCUAAAUUAGGAUAAAAUGAAGCUUUUAGAAUGGCCUUCCCAAAGUCCUGACUUAAAUGUGUGGGCAAUGCUGAAGAAACAAGUCCAUGUCAGAAAACCAACACAUUUAGCUUAAUUGCACCAAUUUUGUCAAAAGUAGUGGUCAGAGAAAUCCACCAAAAGCUUGUGGAUGGCUACCAAAAGUGCCUUAUUGCAGUGAAACUUGCCAAGGGACAUGUAAGCAAAUAUUAACAUUGCUGUAUGUAUGUAUAAUCACAUUUUCAGUAGACCCAUAAGUAUGUGCUCCUAUCACUCUAUCACAAAAAAUAGGAGUUGUAGAAAUUAUUGGAAGACAGCCAUGACAUUAUGUUCUUUAGGCGUGUAGAUGGUGACUGUACAUGCAAAAUAAGAUCUACUUACCAGGAACAGCUGUCUGAUUUAAGUCCCAAAGAGUCAAAAUGCUAUGUUGAAAAUGAAGAGACUUUAUUCCUUA